UCCCACCCAACCCAGCAGCCCCUGCCCCUACCGCCUGCUAGUCACAUUUCCAGAGCCCACUGCCAGCCCCUCCCCACAGCCAGUGACCACCUGACUCCAGCCCCACUCCUUUCCCCUGUGAAAGGGCUCCCUGCUGGCCAUGUGAAUAUGAGGCAAAAAGAAUCCAUCCCGUUCUGUUGUUGCUUGAAUAUCACUGUAUAAUCCCCUCAAAUUUCCCCUCUUUUCUCUUGAACUGUUGAAUGGUGACAUAAAAUCUCCCCAGAUCUUGGUGCUUCUCUCUUAUAUUGGCAAAUAUUUAGUUUGUGCCCCAUUUUCUCCUCAGUUCUGAAAUACUGAUAUCAAAUUCUUGAAAAUCUUCCCGCUUUUCUCUCCAGGUGUCCAACUGAGAUCAGGGUUCUAAUCGUACUGAGCGUGGCUCAGGCCUUGCCUGAGAUCAGGUGCCCCAGUGUGCCGGACACUGCACAAACCUUGACAAAGUUUGGGGCACUCAUUGUACCAGGAACUGCAGAGAGCCCUAAAGAGAGCAGGGACCUUGUUGUGCCGGGUGCUACAGUGACCCUGACUGAUCUCCGGGCCCCUGUUGUGCCAAGCCCUGCAUCAAUACGAAGUGAAAUCAGGCUCCCAUUGUGCCAGGUGCUGCAGAGACAGCAAACAAAAUCGGGGACCUUGUUGUUUCUGGAGCUGUAGAGACCCCAAGUGAGAUCUGGGUCCUGUUCUGCCAGGCGCUGCGGAGACCCCAAGUGAGGUCAGACCCCACCGUUCUGCCAGGCUACAGAAUAAUGUCUACGUUUCACUCCAGAUCAUCCCAUCCUCCCAGGGAGAAGGAAAUGGCUGCAAUGGAGCUGGCUCAGGGGCCGGUGACUUUCGAGGAGGUGGCUGUGGAUUUCACCAGGGAAGAGGGGGCUCUGCUGGACCCCACUCAGAGAUCCCUCUACAGGGAUGUCAUGCAGGAGAACUAUGAGUCGGUGGUCUUGCUGGGGAGUGACCUAUAUCUGGAUUCUCUCUGUCUCCCAUCAGGUGAUGGGAUGGUGAGUGAAAAUGAGGCGGAGAAAGCCCAGCAGGAAGAUGCUGAGGAAGAAGAACCACAUGGAAUGUUAUCAGGAAGAUCCAAAGGGAAUGUUUCCAGGAGUUGUGCACUCCCAGAAAAAGCAAAAGCAUGUGAGACUGAGCAGAGGCCAGAGGAAAACUUCAGUAGCCGCUCAGACCUUAUUACACGUGAGAGAAUCAACUUGGAAGAGACACGCUACACAUGCCAUAAGUGUGGGAAAAGCUUCAAUAGGAGCUCAACCCUUCUCACACAUUGGAGAACCCACACUGGAGAGAAACCCUACACGUGCUCUGAGUGCGGGAAAAGCUUCAAUCGGAGCUCUGCCCUUAUCACACAUCAGAGAAUCCACACCGGUGAGAAACCUUAUGGAUGCUCUGAGUGUGGGAAAUGCUUCAGUCAGAGGCCACACCUUACUGCACAUCGGACAAUCCACACAGGUGAGAAACCUUAUGAAUGCUCUGAGUGUGGGAAACACUUCAUUGAUAGUUCAACCCUCAUCUCACAUCAGCGAAUCCACACAGGAGAGAUACCCUACACGUGCUCUGAGUGCGGGAAAAGCUUCAAUCAGAGCUCAAACCUUAUCAAACAUAGGAGAAUCCACACGGGUGAGAAACCUCAUGGAUGCUCUGAGUGUGGGAAACGCUUCAUUCAUAGUUCAGCCCUCAUCUCACAUCAGAGAAUCCACACAGGUGAGAAACCUCAUGGAUGCUCUGAGUGUGGGAAACGCUUCAGUGAUAGAUCAGCCCUCAUCUCACAUCAGCGAAUCCACACAGGAGAGACGCCCUACACAUGCUCCGAGUGUGGGAAAAGUUUUAGUCGACACUCAGCCCUUAUCACACAUCGUAGAAUCCACACAGGAGAGAAACUCUACACAUGCUCUGAGUGUGGGAAAAGCUUCAAUCGGAGCUCAAACCUUAUCACACAUAGGAGAAUCCACACAGGUGAAAAACCUUAUGGAUGCUCUGAGUGUGGGAAACGCUUCAUUCAUAGUUCAGCUCUCAUCUCACAUCAGCGAAUCCAUACAGGAGAGAUGCCCUACACAUGCGCAGAGUGCGGGAAAAGCUUCAAUCAGAGCUCUGCCCUGAUCACACAUCAGAGAAUCCACACAGGAGAAACGCCCUACACAUGCUCUGAGUGUGGGAAAAGCUUCAAUCAGAGCUCAAACCUUAUCACACAUAGGAGAAUCCACACUGGUGAAAAACCUUAUGGAUGCUCUGAGUGUGGGAAACGCUUCAUCGAUAAUUCAACCCUCAUCUCACAUCAGCGGAUUCACACAGGAGAGAGGCCCUACACAUGCGCUGAGUGCGGAAAAAGCUUCAAUCAGAGCUCAAACCUUAUCAAACAUCAGAGAAUCCACACAGGAGAGAUGCCCUUCACAUGCUCUGAGUGUGGGAAAAGCUUUAGUCAGCACUCACAACUUAUCACACAUUGUAGAAUCCACACAGGAGAGAAACCCUAUACAUGCUCUGAGUGCGGGAAACGCUUCAGUUAUAGCUCAGCCCUUACCACACAUCAGAGAAUCCACACGGGUGAAAAACCUUAUGGAUGCUCUGAGUGUGGGAAACGCUUCAUUCAUAGUUCAGCCCUCAUCUCACAUCAGCGAAUCCACACAGGAGAGAAGCCCUACACAUGCUCUGAGUGCGGGAAAAGCUUCAAUCAGAACUCUACCCUGGUCACACAUCAGAGAAUCCACACAGGAGAGACGCCCUACGCAUGCUCUGAGUGUGGAAAAAGCUUUAAUCAGAGUUCAAACCUUAUUAAACAUCAGAGAAUCCACAUGAGAGAGACGCCCUACGGAUUAUCUGAGCAUGGGAAAACCUUCAAUCGGAGCUCAAGCCUUAUUAGACAUCAGAAAAUCCACAUGGGGGAGAGACCCUACCCAUGCUCUGAGUGCGGGAAAAGCUUCAGUUAUAGCUCAAAGCUUAUCACACAUCAGAGAAUCCACAGUGGAGAGAGACCCUACACAUGCUCUGAGUGUGGGAAAACCUUCAAUCAGAGCUCAAGCCUUAUUAGACAUCAGAAAAUCCACAUGAGAGAGAAUUGUAAUAAAUGUCUUGACUAGGGCUGGCCAAAGACUUUUUUUUUUUUUUUUUUUGAAUCACAUUUGCUAAUUCCCACAUAGUGAUCUUUGCACCAUCUUCACCAUGGUCUCUCAGCUCCCUGAGAUGAGUUCCCUGCUUCUGCCUUUGCAGCUUACCCUUCUUUGGGGUCAGUCCUGUGAUCUUUUCUAUCAAUUCCUUUCCUUUCGAGUCAUAGGAGUGUGUGUCCUUCCAGCCAGGAAUGUUCAUCAGCUCCAGGUGCGAGAGAGGUUUGAUCCCAACAGGCUACACUGAGGCAAAAACUACCUGUGCCUUACAUCCACUAGGACUGUACAUGGCAUUGGCUGCUCAAGGUAGUGAUCUUGUUGUAAAAAGACAAUUAAACUUGUAGUGCAGAUGCAGCCCAUGUGCAGUGGUUGGCAUUAGCUUUCCCCUUGACCUGACCGAAACUCCAUCACUUUUCCUAGUCUGAACAAACCCUGAGCACCAUUGUUAUACUGUUCCCCCAUUUCAAAGCAAUUGUUAGUCAUCAAGUUCCCCUUUCGGGAACAAAUGGUUUCGUUCCCAGUUGCUCUGAUGUUGCUUCAGAUUGUUCUGGAGAGCAGAUAUUUUUACUACCAUUUCCUCACUUAGAAUAUAUUGAACUAUAACAAAGAGCUGAAACAGGGCAGGGAUGGGGGGAAAUGUCAUUUCACCCUCUGUAACAAUAAAAGAAGAUAGGCUAAGUCAGAGAGAUUCCCUUAUUCCCUAUCAGCGUUCCAGUCCCCCUAUUGUUCAAUUGGUUAGGUCAGUAUUUUUUCUAAAGGGCCAGGAAGAGUAUUUUCUAGUAAAUGACUUGUAACUAAGCAAAAUACCCAUGCAUUUGGCUCCCAAAGCAGUUGUGGCCCAGGCCCUGCAGGAGGUCGCUCCUGAAGAGAUCUCCUUCCUAAUCACAUGCAUGUUGCCUAUUAUUUGGGAAAUGCAAUCCCUGUCUAGGUAGAGAUGGGACAAAUGGAAGUGACAUUUCUGUUCAGCUCACCCCUGGGAGAUGCUGCAAAUGUGUACAAAAUGAAAUCCGUGUUGAAUGUGAUAUAGCUGCAGAAAGAUACCUUUUUUUAAUAGAUACCUGACAUUUGGUGUCUUACAAGGAUUCUAAGGCACUCCUGAAUUUGGUCCCUAAUUUAAAUCUGUGCCACCAGAUUAAAGAAAUAAAAGGGCAUAUUUGGGGGAGUUAUACAUCACUAUCGCUACUGAUACGUUGUGGGGUUAGUGAAGAAUUCUAUUCCAGAGAAGUGUAAAAUUACUCUAAGUAAAGUCAAAGAUUUGACAAGAACUCGGGUAGAAAUUGCAGGUACUAGUGGUUGAUUGUUCACCCCUAAGAUGGACACUAUGGUGACCUGUGGCCCAGGUAAACUAUUUUUAGAACACUGCUCCCUAGUUAAGUGGCAUUAAUGACACUCCUAAAGGAUGCCAUGAUUAAAUUGGGUACAACUGUCUUUUACCAUUUAGAUCCAAAGUUUCAUGAAGCACAGAUAGAAUCAUAGAAGAUUAGGGUUGGAAGAUACCUCAAGACGUCAUCUAGUCCAACCCCCUGCUCAAAGCAUGACCAACACCAACUAAAUCAUCCCAACCAGGGCUUUGUCAAGCCGGGCCUUAAAAACCUUUAAGGAUGGAGAUUCCACCACCUCCCUAGGUAACCCAUUCCAGUGCUUCACCAACCUCCUAGUGAAAUAGUGUUUCCUAAUAUCCAACCUAGACCUCCCCCACUUCAACUUGAGACUACUGUUCCUUGUUCUGUCAUCCGCCACCACUGAGAACAGCCGAACUCCAUCCUCUUUAGAACCCCACUUCAGGUAGUUGAAGGCUGCUGUCGAAUCCCCCCUCACUCUUCUGCAGACUAAACAAGCCCAGUUCCCUCAGCCUCCUCGUAAGUCAUGUGCCCUAGCUCCCUGAUCAUUUUUGUUGCCCUCUGCUGGACUCUCUCAAAUUUGUCCACAUCCUUUCUGUAGUGGGGGGCCCAAAACUGGAUGCAUUACUCCAGGUGUGGCUUCACCAGUGCCAAAUAGAGGGGAAUAAACAAUUCCCUAGAUCUGCUGGCAAUGCUCCUACUAAUGCAGAGUUCAGAGUGGGGAGGGAACCCUGACAUGGUGGCAGUGAUGGGAUCAUUUUGAACCAGAAGCGCAGACCUCAGGAUUUUAAAAGGACACUUUUUUUUUAAGCUGACAGCAGCUUGAGGUUUGUUUUUUUUUCUUUGCCUGAGGAUAGAGUAGUUAAGCUAUAGCAAAGGAAUUCACAAGCUGUUCCCCUCCUCCCCCCACAGCUCUCAGGCUAGGCUAGGCUAAGGCAGGAAAGUUAGCAAAGAUGACAGAAAGUGAGGUCCAGAAGAAACUGGAAUUAGCCAGAAGAAGCUGAAGAGAAACAGAAGGAAUAUGAAAGACAAAUGGACUUACAGCGCUUGGAGGUGGAGGAGAGGAAAGAGGCAAAACACUUGGAGACGGAGUUAGAGCUGAAGCUCUUACAGCUGGAAAGGGCUAAGCUGGGUCUACCAGAUAACCCUAACAGUCCUUCUCCAGGUACCUCUCCCCAUUCCCAAAAUUUCCCCACCUACAAGGUAGGCAAUGAUACAGAGGCCUUUUUAGAAAAUUUUGAAAGUGCCUGCCUUGGAUACAGCAUCUCAACAGACCAGUAUAUGGUGGAGCUGAGGCUGCAGCUCAGUGGACGCUUAGCUGAAAUGCCUAAAGAACACAUGAACAACUAAGAACUUUUUUUAAAAAAGGACAGAAUUAGAAUGGAGCUAACACCCAAGCAUGCCCGUCGGCAGUUCAGAGCCCUAAGAUGGAAACCAGACAUAGCAUUUUCCCGACACGCCUACCCCAUUGUAAAAAAUCGGGAUGCCUGGAUAUCAGGAGCAAGUGCUAAAUCUCUGGAAGAUCUGCAGGUGGGAAGAAGGUUAUCCCAUGGAGGGACACUGGAGCCCAGGUGUCAGCUAUCCACCACUCCUUAGUGGACCCCAAAUUUAUCGACCCAGAGGCCCAAGUGAUGAUUCAACCCUUCAAGUCAAACUCUUUAAACUAGUCUAUAGCCAAGUUGCUUGUCCAGUACAAGGGCUGGUCAGGAAUGUGGACUUUUGCAGUCUAUCACGAUUAUCCCAUUCCCAUGCUGCUGGAGGAAGAUUUGGCCAACGAUGUGAAGCGGGCCAAGGGGGUGGGAAUGGUCACCCGCAGCCAGGCUAAGCAAACCUCCACACCUAUCCCUGUUCCUGAGCCUUCUACAAGGGCCCCGUCUAUGUUCCCAGAGACCCAAACUGAGGAGGUAGAACUGGAUCUCAUGCCAACGACUGCAAUAGCAGUAGUAAAUCCAGUCCCAGAGACCCAAACAGAAUGAAUAGGCGAAGCAACCAGCACCAGAAUCCAGCACUUGCAACCCCGUCUACAGCUCCAACACCAGAGGGCACCAUCGAGCCUGCCCUGGCAGCAGCAGCUAAACCUGUGCAAGAGGCUCAGCCAGAGGCUGAAACACAACAUAGUGCACGAGCAGAGAACAGUUAACAGUCAACGGAAACAUCCCCAUCCCCUGCAUCGUGUCCAGAGGGACCAAGCCCGAGUCCACAAUCCAGUGAGGAACUGAUGUCUCCACCAUCAAGGGAACAGUUCCAGGCCGAACAGGAAGCAGAUGAAAGCCUCCAGGGAGUUUGGACGGAGGCACGGAGCAACCCACUGCCUUUCAGCUCUUCUAAUCGAUCCUGGUUUGUUGUAGAAAGAGGACUUUUAUACAAGGAAACUUGUUCUGGUGGGCACCAGCAGGACUGGCAUCCUCAGAGACAGUUGGUAGUUCCAACUAAUUACAGGGUAAAGCUCUUGAGCUUAGCCCACAAUCAUCCUUGUGGCCAUGCUGGGGUAAGCAAGACCAAAGACCAUUUGGGGAAGUCAUUCCACUGGGAGGGAGUGGGCAAGGACAUUUCUGUCUAUGUCCAGUCUUGUGAAGUGUGCCAAAAAGUGGGGAAACCCCAAGUCCAGAUCAAAGCCCCUCUCCAGCCACUUCCCAUCAUUGAAGUCCCAUUUCAGUGAGUAGCUGUGGAUAUUCUGGGUCUUUUCCCUAAAAAGACACCCAGAGGAAAGCAGUACAUACUGAUUUUCAUGGAUUUUGCCACCCGAUGGCCGGAAGCAGUAGCUCUAAGCUACACCAGGGCUAAAAGUGUGUGCCAGACAUUAACAGACAUGUUUGCCAGGGUAGGUUGGCCAUCCAACAUCCUUAUGGAUUCGGGAACUAAUUUCCUGGCAGGGACCAUGAAAAACCUUUGGGAAGCUCAUGGGGUGAACUACUUGGUUGCCACCCCUUAGCACCAUCAAACAAAUGGCCUGUUGGAGAAGUUUAAUGGGACUUCAGGGGCCAUGAUACCUAAAUACGUAACUGAGCGCUCCAGUGAUUGGGACCUAGUGUUGCAGUAGUUGCUCUUUGCCUACAUGGCUGUACCACAUCCCAGUUUGGGGUUUUCACCAUUUGAACUUGUGUAUGGCCGUGAGGUUAAGAGGCCAUUACAGUUGGUGAAGUACCAAUGGGAGGGGUUUACACCUUCUCCAGGAACUAACAUUCUGGACUUUGUAACCAACCUACAAAACACCCUCCGAACCUCUCUAGCCCUUGCUAAAGAAAACCUACAGGAUGCUCAAAAAGAGCAAAAAGCCUGGUAUGAUAAACAUGCCAGAGAGCGUUCCUUCAAAGUAGGGGACCAGGUCAUGGUCUUAAAGGCGCUCCAGGCCCAUAAAAUGGAAGCAUCGUGGGAAGGGCCAUUCAUGGUCCAGGAGCGCCUUGGAGCUGUUAAUUAUCUCAUAGCAUUCCCCACUUCCAACCGAAAGCCUAAGGUGUAUCAUAUUAAUUCUCUAAAGCCCUUUUAUUCCAGAGAAUUAAAGGUUUGUCAGUUUACAGCCCAGGGAGGAGAUGACAUUGAGUGGCCUGAAGGUGUCUACUACGAAGGAAAAAAUGCUGGUGGUGUGGAAGAGGUGAACCUCUCCAUGACCCUCAGACGUAUGCAGCGACAGUACUAGCUGUGCACUAGCUUUGUGCCGAUGUUCUCAGCCACCCCAGGAGUGACCAAAUGGGCGUACCACUCCAUUGACACAGGUAAUGCUCGCCCAAUUAAAUCCCAACCUUACCAGGUAGCUCCUAAUCAUUUACCAGGUAGCUCCUCAAGCCAAAACUGCUAUAGAAUGGGAGAUCCAGGACAUGCUACAGAUGGGUGUAAUCCACCCCUCUGAAAGUGCCUGGGCAUCUCCAGUGGUUCUGGUUCCCAAAUCAGAUGGGGAAAUACGCUUUUGCAUGGACUACCAUAAGCUAAAUGCUGUAACUCGCCCAAACGACUAUCGAAUGCCACACAACAGAUGAGCUGUUGGAGAAACUGGGACUUGCCUAGUUCAUCUCUACCUUAGACUUAACCAAGGGGUACUGGCAAGUACCGCUGGAUGAAUCCACCAAGGAAAAGUCAGCCUUCAUCACCAAUAAGGGGCUGUAUGAAUGUAAUGUGCUCCCUUUCGGGCUGUGAAAUGCACCCACCACCUUCCAGAAGCUUGUAGAUGGUCUCCAAGUGGGAUUGGGAGAAUCUGCAGUCACCUACCUUGACCAUGUGGCCAUAUUUUCUGAUUCAUGGGCAGAACACCUGGAGCUUCUAUAAAAAUUCUUCAAGCGCAUAAGGGAGGCAGGACUAACCGUUUGGGCUAAAAAGUGUCAAAUAGGCCUAAACAGAGUGACAUGCCUUGGACACCAGGUGGGUCAAGGAACUAUCAACCCCCUACAGGCCAAAGUGGAUGCUAUCGAAAAGUGGCCUGUCCCAAAGUUAAAGAAACCGGUCCAAUCCUUCUUAGGCUUGGCCGGUUAUUACACUUAAUCCUUCUUAGGCUUGGCCGGUUAUUAUUAUUUGUACCGCAAUACAGCCAAAUUGCCGCCCCACUGACAGACCUAACCAAAAAGAAACAGCCAAAUGCAGUUCAGUGGAAUGAAGAGUGUCAGAAGGCCUUAACCAGCUUGAAGCGACACUCAUGUCUGACCCUGUGCUAAGGGCCCCAGACUUUGACAAACCGUUCCUAGUAACCACAGAUACGUCCGAGUGUGGUGUGGGAGCAGUUUUAGUGCAGGAAGAACCAGAUCAAGAAUUCUAUACUGUCAUAUUUCUCAGUAAAAAACUGAGAGGAAAAGCCAUUGUUAAAUCACCGAAAAGGAAUAUUAUGCCAUUGUGUACACUCCGGAACAGCUACGCCACAUGUUUGGGGAUGGCGUUUCCACCUGCAGACCGACCAUGCUGUGCUGAAGUGGCUUCAUACUGUCAAGGAAAAUAACAAAAAACUUCUUUGGUGGAGUUUAGCUCUCCAAGAUUUUGAUUCUGAAAUACAACACAUUUUAGGGGCUUCUAACAAAGUGGCUGAUGCACUCUCCUGUGAAAGUUUUUCCCAGAAUCAUUUACGUCCUUAAAAUUUGGAAAAUAUUGUUAGUUUUAUAUAAUCAGUAGUACGUCUAGAGGGGCAUGUGUCUUAUUAACUCUGUUUUUCUCCUAGAGCUCCAGGAAGAAAUCACAGCCAGCGUGGAACAGGCUGUCCAGCAUCAUCUAUGAUUUGGGGGGCAUAUCAUAAACAUACAAAUAAAGAUAGCAUAAAACUUUCCUGG